GAUUUUCCAUCCAUAUAUCUACACUCGCAGCGAAAAACGAGAGCGAGCAAGCCAGAGAGAGCGACGGGCAGAGAGAGCGAGAGGAGCGCCCCGUCUGGUCUGGUUCAUUUUACCACACUGCGUCUUUGUCUGCCGUCGAGUCGGGAGCUCCGCGUCUGCAUACAUACAAUAUUUUAUUGCUGGUUUUGGUGGUAAAUUUGCAUUGUUAACGGCCGCGGCCAGACGUGCCCCGCUUCUUUAACACACACGUCUCUCAAACGAAUACCGAUCAUCAAGUGUUUCCCCCUAUUGACUCUCGUAUAAUAGCCACAUGUAAAGUCGAAAAUCCGAAAUAAUAAAGCCAACAACAACUAGCGAUACUGAUACCGAAAAGCAACUAAACCGAAACCGAAACCGAAACCGAGUGUAUACUAAAUACAAGCCCGUCUGUACCACUUAAGACUGCCAUCUCUGCCCUUUUGCGUUGCCGUGCCGUGCCAACCGUUGACACGUUUGUAUCUGGCUGUAUCCGUAUCUGUAUCUCAAACUCAUUGACCAACUGCCGCAAGCGCAAAAGCAAAUGUAAUCUGCAAACUGCAAAAUGCAAUCUGCACCCACCCGAAUCUCAGCUCAGCUCGACUCCUAAACGUUUAAUCCUCGAACUGCCUACGAAAGCAAUGAGCCAACCCAUGUAUCAGCCAACCUGAACCUGAAAUCAACCAGGCAACCUACCAACGGUCAACCGAACGGCUUUAGUUUCUGUGUGAUUAAAAGAUUAGCCCCAAAGAAAGCUCUCGCCCAGUCGAAAGUCGAAUAGCAACAUCAGCAGCAGCAGCGGCAGCAGCAGCAGCAGCAGCACCUGCAACAACACCUGCAACAGCAGCAGCAGCAUGCUCAACUCGAAUGCCAGCAGUGGCAACUUGGGCAACGGCAACAACAGCAUCAACAACAAUCAUGGGGGCAGCAGCCGGCGACCCUUCUCCCGCAACUCCUCGUCCAACCGCUCGCAUCGCGGCGGAGGGGGCGGCCUGGGCGGUCGCAUGCUCUACUCGCCACACCCACAUCCGCACGCCCACGUCCAGCAGCAGCAGCAGCAACAGCAGGGGCAGCAGCGCUCCGGCAACAACAACAACAACAACGGCCUUUUACCCGGACACAGUCCCUGGUGCAACGUCAAUUUGAACGGCGGCAACAGCAGCAACAACAACAACGGUGGCAACAUCAACAACAACAACAGCAACAAUGUCAAUAACAAAGAUGCAAACCCAAAUUGCGAUGUACAAACAAGUAAUUCUAGCGGAACUUGUAUUUAUAACAAUAGCAAAGCGCAUCAUCAUUACAACAACAGCAACAACAACGGUCACACUCAGAGCCACAGUCACACUAAUCACCCACAUGCCCAUUCCCCACACCAAAGUCACCAAACUCACCCAAGUCACCACCCGCCCCCCAUGCACAGCCAUCACCCAUCCCACCACCCGCAUUCGAGUCCACCACAGCAGAGUAACAGUUACCGCCACGGAUACCCAUCGCAUUCCCCCAACUCCCCACCACACAGCAAUGGUCAUGCCAACAGUAACACUAGCAACCCCAGUAGCCAGCGUCCUGCGCAGCAGCCCUACGGCAGUAGUUCUAAUCCCCUAGCCCAUCCGAACCACAAUUCCUAUGCCAGCUACUACGAGAUGUGUGCGGGCAGUGCGGGAUCUGGUGCCCAGACCCACACCUAUGGCUCCAUGUCCGUGUCCCUGGUGCGACUGAAUCCCGCCCGCUUGUGCCUAACGCUAGGUCCUGCCACGCCUCCGCUCAGCCAGCGGCUAGUGUCCUUCAAUCCCCGCUCCCCUUCCAGCGCCAGCUCCAGCUCCAACUCCAACUCCAGUUCCAAUUCCCAUUCCCGAAGCCCCAGUGAUCGUGAUCCGCAUCGUUAUAGCCACCCAUUCGGCCAGAACCAUCACCCCAACCCGCAUCAGAACCAGUACCAGUACCAGUACCAGUACCAUCCGCCUCACCAGUACCAUCCAUUGCAUAACCCACAGCAACAGACUAAUCGCCAAUCCCUCCCGCUAACACGAACGAAUUCAAAUUCAAGCAACGCAACAACUUUCAAUUCAACCUCAACCAAUCCAACAACAAAUAGUAAUCCUACUGAUGUUGUGAAUGUAAAUUCUUGUACCGACUUAAUUCCCCAUGGGUCUUCUUCGUCUGCGUCUGCGUCUGCGUCGUCGAUGCUGCCCCACCACCACCACCAUCAACAACAACAACAACAACACCAAAUUAAUAACGCAUCCGCACCCAUCAAUAGCCACAGCCAGGGCCAGGGUCCAGGCAACUCGCCCAAUCUUGGCCACAAUCACCAGCGUGGCUACAACAACGGGAGCAACGGCAACGGCAACUGCAACGGAAACGGGAUCGGAAACGGGAACGGGAACCGUGGCCUCGGCAAUGGAAUCCCCAAUGGCAAUGCCAACGGACCACCCGACUACAUGAACUACCGCCGCGGCCUGUGUCCCGCCCUCUCGCGCGACUACGUGGGGGGAAACAACAACGGGCAUGGCCACAACGGUCGCCGCUACAUGUCCGACCAUCCGAACAACCCCUCCUCCUCCAUGAACGGCCUCAUCAACCCCGGCCACCACCAGCGCAACUACAACGACAGGAACUUGAACAACCACUUUGGAAACUCCGACCAGGGCGGUCCGGACCAUCGGGAUCGAGCUGAGGGCUCCUCGUACAACUUUAUGCGCAACGGCGGCAGCGGAGGAGGCUAUGGUCGCAAUGGAUCGCACUACCAGCACAUGGCCUAUGGGAACAACAACGGUGCCUCCACCUCCUCCGGCGGCGGUCCGGGGCUGAUGGGUGAGCUGCCCUCGGGCUCGGGCCUGUCGGGCUCCUCGCUGUCGCUGAACAACGGACCCGGCGGACCCGGCGGCCUCAACUCGGACAGUCCGUCGCGCAAGCGCCGCCGCAUCUCGGGAAGACCACAGAACGGGUCGCAGCCCCAGCACCGCUGCCUGAUGGCCCACAUGCAGCAGGGCAGUCCGCCGCUGCGACGUCCUCGCCUGCGCGAUGUGGCCACCUCCACGCAGCAGCAGCAACAGCAGCAGUACGGCCAGCAGGUGCACCAUCCCCAGCAGCAGCAGCAGCAGCCUCCCUCCAACUACCACCCGAUGCACCACCACCAGCCCCAGCCCCACUAUGUGCCGCAGCAGCAGGUGCCACCGCCGCACGUGCAGCGUUCUCCCUGGGACUUGGGCGGCGGAAGUGGAGGAAGCAGUGGUGGACCGGCCACCUCGAGCAACUCGGUGGGUCCCAUACUGCAGCAGGUGCAGGCACCGCCGCAGCCACCGAGUCACCAGCAGGCGGUGGGCUAUCCGCCGGCACCACCGCAGCCCGCCUCCCUGAUGGUGGACCUCAAUCUGAACCAGGUGCCCGUGAGCCUGCAGCUGCGUCCCUCGGAGCCCUUCUGGGCCUCCUUCUGCACGUAUCCCAUACCGGCGCAGGCCAGAUUGGCGCCCUGCCACCUGCAUGGUGUCUACACACAGCCCUUCCCCACCGCCCCGCCUCCUGGACUGGCUGCCCCGCCGCUCCAGCAACAACAUCAGCCACUCAUACAGGCCCAGCAAAUGAUUGCCCAGGCCACGUUGACCGCCCAGCAGCAGCAGCGCGAUGUGGUGGCCAUUGCGACGGCCAACCUGGGACCCAUCGAAGCAUCCGGCGCCCAUGGCCAUCCGCACGCCCAUCCACAUGCCCAUCCGCAUGCCCACAUCACCCCGGCCAUCCACAUCACCCCGCUGAGCGGAGCAGCGGCCGCGGCCGCCACCCAUCACCUACAUUCCACGGCGGCGGCUGCAGCGGCCGUCGCCGCCCAGGCCAGCGCCCAGAUGUCCGCCGGCCCGCAGCAGAUCAUCAUCUCGUCGGACCGCCGCACUUUCCCGCCCCACCGCCGCAUCCCGCGCUUCUGGCCCGCGAACCAUGGCCACCGGCACGUCCUGCCGCCCCAGUCGCUGGCCGCGCACCAGGCCCCGGUGCAGAUCCAGGGCGCCUCGGGCAUCAUCAACCCCGGCUUCUUGCUAAACUUCCUUGCCAUGUUCCCGCUGUCGCCGUACAACCAGCAUGACCUGAGCUCCGGGGACACCAAUGAGACGGAAAACUACGAGGCGCUGCUCAGCCUGGCCGAGCGCCUGGGCGAGGCCAAGCCAAGGGGACUCACCCGCAACGAGAUCGAUCAGCUGCCCAGCUACAAGUUCAACCCGGAAGUGCACAAUGGCGACCAAUCAUCCUGUGUGGUGUGCAUGUGUGACUUUGAACUGCGCCAGCUGCUGCGCGUCCUGCCCUGCUCCCACGAGUUCCAUGCCAAGUGCGUGGACAAAUGGCUAAGAUCGAAUCGCACCUGCCCGAUUUGCCGGGGCAAUGCGUCCGACUACUUCGACGGCGCCGAUCAGCAGCAACAGGCGCAGGCGCAGGCGGCAUCGGGGGCAGCGGCCGCCCUGAGCAGCACUUCCGGCAGCAAUGCCGGAGUGGCGGGCACCUCCGCGGCGGCGGCCACCACCGCCAAUCCCCAGCAGAGCCAGGCGGCCUAGAUCCGCGCCCAACGUAUUCCACCACCACCACACUAAACCUCCAGCUUUGGCUUUUCCGGGCGGUGAGAGGGGACGGGGUGGAGGAGUUAUUUUUGGGGGGGUGCCAGGAUGGGCCAGCGGCGGGGGAGCCACCCAUCAGCCAGCACCCACGCCAUCACUUGAUGUAACGCGCAACGAAUCCAACUGCCAAACCGUCGACGCUUCCCCCUCAGCUAAAAGCCCCCGCCCACAAGGCCGGCCAUGCCCCCCGACCGCCCCAUCCGCCCCCCUGGCCACGCCCUCGCGCAACUCGACGCCUCUUCAAUAGCUUGUCGUAGACAUUAGUUUGUAUGUGAGUAAUGGUAACCGUAAUUAGGAGUAACCCAUAUAUGCAUACCACCAAGAAAUCAACUAGUUAAACAGCGUCUAAAAAUAUUAUGUAUUGUGUGUAUAGAGAACGAUUUGUAGUAAAGCCGUACAACAAGUGUCUGUAUAUAAGCCAAGAUUUGCACAAAAUUCGUAAUAGAUUUUCUUUGCCUUUCACACUCUCGAGAACAUCCUGUAAUCCAUAAAUAUCAGAUAUAAACGAACAAACAUAGGACUAUUCAAAGUGCUUGGCAGCGAUCGAUCAAAGUUCUGUCAGGGGUAUUCAGGAAUUUUUAAUCCCAAAGAUUGAUGGAACUUUGAGAUGCCGCUGCCAAAUCCAAGUGGUUUAUCUUAAAUUGUUGCUGUCCACACGCAUACCUAAGAAUAACUCUAUAUUAUAAAGGGAAGAAUACAUAUUUAAGCAAGGCGGAGUAUUUGUGACUUGGAUUUGUGUUUCUGCGUUUUAAGUUAGGCUUGCAUAUCUACAGCUUCCUCUACGUAUUUUGUAUUUACUACCAUUACUUUUAUUUUUUUUAACAACGUACUAUAUUACCCUUAUACGAGAUACCAGAAAACCAGCAUAAAUAUAGUGCAUUGCAUUUUAUACUAAUUGUACGAACUGAACCCACUGAAAAAGUUCUUCUUCUUGCACUAGCAAAACCAAAAAAAAAAAACAAAGAAAAUGAUAUCUUUAAAGAGGAAAAUAGAUCGUAUAUAUAUUUUUUCGUUUCUACUGUUUGAAAAUUAGUAACUAUAAACGGAAGCAACUAACCUUGAAACAUAUAAGCAAUCUUUGAAAUCGACUAAGCCAGGUGAGCGGAGGAGGAUAAGCGUUUCAGCAAAUAUACUAUAUAUAUAGAUGCAUAUACCCACUCGAACACACACACACACACACACACUGACAGGAGGGAAAGCAAGCAUAUAAGAAUUUAAAGUGCAGGCCUAGGACAACACAUAUGCAUAUUGGUGGGCUUAUUAAUGUAUUUGUAGUAGACGUGUGCGUAAUUAAAGCAAAACCCAAGGCAAUCGCUAUGAGAACACAAGCAUCGUAAUAUCGUAACAUCGUAACAUCGUAACAUGGUAACUAGACUUUUCCAGGGCCAGCGUGCGUGGGCGGUGACCUCCGGCGCCGCCCGCCGACCAGUCCAUCCACUUCCGUAGUAUUUUUGCCUUUCGAACUGUAACGUCUGUAGCUCUAAACACAAGCAUUAACGUACACACACACAUCUUAACCUCCUUCAAUGUGACUUGUCUAUUAAAAUUGCAUCAGAUGCGAGUAUUACGAGUAUCGUACACACACCCAGAUAUAUAGAGAGUUUCCUUCUGAUAUAAGCGAUUCAAGCGAACUACGUGCACUAGCCUUUAAAGCCGGAGUAGGCGAAGGAGAAGGACAGCUAACAAUUUUUACCAAUAUACAUGUACAAGUACGAGUACCAUACAAUAAUUAUCUAUAUCUAUCUAUCGAUCGAUCGGUAUACACAUAACCAAUUAACGUGGAACUAAACCAAACGAGAAAUGAGAAGAACAAGUAAAUUGAAAUGAUUCCUGCCCUCCAUUCGUAUUAAAAACCAUUGAAACUAACUCAACAACUUUUUAUAGCAUAUAUAUACUAUGGAUAGCAUUGAUUUUUUGUGAGAAUGGAUAUAUACAUAACAUUAGUUUAGCCUCUUCGGGAAGGCCGUAAGCCGGCGUAUCUAUUGGCUCAUCCGUUGCUUAUAGCGAGAGUUUGCAGCACUUUUCCUACCCCCGAGCCCCUCGGUCCCAGCGCCCCCGUUCUCAAGACCCUUUAUAAAGCUAUGCAUUACUGAAAUCUUGAUACCUAGUAUAUGUGUAAAUCGUGUGUGUAUUUAUUAUAUCCGGCAUUCGUCGCGUUCAGGGAUGUACUGUAUAUGUCUAACCUUUGAGAGGUAGUUAAUAUGAUCUUGAAGAGAUCAUAUAUAUAUGGAGGCAUGUCCGUUUGUCCGUAUCACAUACUCUCGAAUUGGUUCUAUAUAAGCUCCCUUUGCCUGUUUGUAUCUUAAAAAUCAUUUGAAUUUCUGAUAAAUGCUAUAUAAAUCACAGACUUUCGUUGAAACCUUUGGAUGUUUUUAAAACUCAUCAAUCAAACGCCUUAAGGUAUGCAAGCUAUUUUUGAACAGGACAUUGACUGCCGGAUAUCACCUAAUCGGACCCCCGAUUAUAGCGUUCUUUCUUGUUUUUACUCUAUGAAUGGUAUUUCCAAAAGACCAUUGUAAAGGUGUUGUGCUUUUCUAGAAUUUUAUUAGUAGGAACAUCAACUGAAUGAUAAACGAAAACCCAAAUAAAGUUUAUUUUUUGUCACAAUAACAGAACGUUAUGAUAAAAGCAAAUAACUAUAUAUAUAGAAUAUAUUAUAUACAUGAAUUGAAUACCUUUUAUACGUGCACUGACAUAAUUACUUACGAGUAUAUGUAAAAAAUUCAAUCAACCGAACUAAGCAGAAGGGAAACUUUAAUCGAUUUUUUCUUUUGAUCCGGUUUCGAUACUUUUACGCUACCUUUGGUUUGUUUUAUAUCUCUCCGUCUAUCCUGAACUAACGCACUAAUACUAGGUGUUUCCAUCGAAUAGUUUUCUCCAACUCUCUUCGGGUUUUUAUUUUCCAGACAAUUAACAAAAAUCAAAAGCUUAUCAUAAAAAUAUAUUUAUAGUAACAAAACGAAAGAAAAAACAAAAAAAAAAAACACAAACAAAAAAAUUAUAAAGUUUUGCUGUGAUGUACGUUAUAUAUAUUUAAUUACAUAAAAUGCAAUAAAAUUUAAAACAUAUAAUGCAUAAUUCCAAAUUAUUACGACAAAACAAAAUAUGAAAAAGAAGAAUGAUUAUGAAAUACAAAAACAUUUUAUGCAUGAGAAUUUCUCCAAAACAAAAAAAAACAAACAAAUAAAACCAAUAUGUACGACAUACUAUAACAUCUACACUUGUCUAGAAUUUAUGCAAUUUUAAAUGUGACUAUUAUUUUACAUUUUUGUAGGCAAGAACCGAGACACUCUUCUAGUAAUUGUAAAUCAGUUAACCAUAGUAUUAAACAAACGUUUUUCAGUGGCAUUGUAACGGUGAGCGGGCGUUUUUAAUGUUAAUUGCAAUAAUUUCGAUUUUCGGUUUUGUAUUAACUCGCAAAAUUUCAAUAAAAUUCAAUGAACGUCAAUAAAAA